AUGCUCGCGGAGCGGAAACAAGCCAAGGCUGAAGAUUGGCUGAUCAACUCGUCGGGUGAUUGCGUCUGCCGAUAUCACUUUCAGAGGGUAGUGCAAAAGAAGGCCUCUCAGGCGGGUUAUACGGAGCGCCACGAUUCAGAAAAAUUCCUCAAGCCCCUCCUGUCUGACUUUUUGUGGCUGCGGCAAAGAACUUCGGGCCUAUGCGAGACUUCAGAAUUUGGGAAGAUGCACAUACUUUCGCACUACGUCGAAAAGACUGGGUUCGAGGCUGGGAUUUGGCUCCUACUCGCCGUCGCUUCGUCUGUCUUGGGAGAGGAUCCCUGGACUGAACCAGUCUCUCUUCUCGCCACAAUCCGUCGGGCCACUGACAAGAGCUUCUUGGCCCCCAUCAAUCCCAUACAAAUCGCCCAGGCGGUAGCACAAGAGAAUGCCCACCCUGUUCAGCUCUUACUGAUCCUUCCAGCAAGCGAUUGGCUGCCUACCGCCGUGUCAAUGCCCUCCCAGCUGCUGCGCCGCGCCACAUAUCGGGGCGGGCGAGUCCUUGCUUAG